AUGUCAGCCAUAACCGAGGCCUCCCAAGAUUUUCAGGAUGAAUGGACAGCAGAGGCCAUCAUCGUCGUCACCUGCAUGACAAUAUCGCUCUAUAACUGCGUCGAACUCCUUCUGACCAUCCUCACCACUUUCCGAGAAUGGCACGGUCUGUAUUUCGUCUCCCUCAUCGUCGCCUCGGUCGGCAUUAUCCCCUACUGCCUCGGCUUCAUCCUCGAAUACUUUGAAGUUCUGGUAUUUUGGGCAGCUCUCAUGUUCAGCACAAUCGGCUGGGUCAUGAUGAUCACGGGCCAAUCCUUCGUCCUUUAUUCGCGGCUCGGCCUCAUACUGCAAAACGACCGGAUUCUGAAAGGGAUUAAGUGGAUGAUCAUCACCGAUGCCCUAAUCUUCCAUACCCUCACCACGGUCUUCCAAUACGGACAAGCAUACGGUGGCGAGAAGUCGGCCUUCAACCGCGCCCUCUUUUACAUGGAAAAAAUACAGAUGACGGCUUUUUGCAUCCAAGAAUUCAUCAUCUCGGGCAUUUACCUAUGGAAGACAGUGCAGCUUCUGAACCUGGUGUCGAAGGAGGGCACGAGGAGGGUCAUGUGGGAACUCUUGACGAUCAACGCCAUCAUCAUCCUCAUGGACAUCGCCCUGUUGUCACUCGAAUACAAAGGUCUCCGGACCAUGGAAAGGGCCUUUAAGAGUUUUAUUUACUCGGUGAAAUUGAAAAUGGAGUUUGCCGUGCUCGGAAAGCUGGUCAACCUCGUGCAAUCGAGCACCAGGGCGCUGUCAAAUGCCCUGGCUGAUGUCGAUUCUUUCAGGACACCCUCGACAGCAACCCACAGCCAGCAAAAUGACCAAAUGCCCGACUGGAUGGCCAAGCUAGAAUCACGUCCCAUCCAUAUCGAACAAGUGCAGCCGGGGCAAACGAUCAUAUUGGACUGA